AUGACAGUCAGAAACGUCAGAAAUGCGGACUGUCAUAGAAUAGAAAAAAAAAAGAAUAUUGCAGGUUUGAUACGUCAGGUUAUACUCAAUGAAGUGAAUUUUUAGAGCAAAUUAUCGGUUCGUCGCUACCGAGUCGGACAGACAGGGUGACGAACGUCGAAGGCAGUGUCACAACAUGCGAUAAUGAGAGGAUUCAACGAAUUUCUCGCGACCUGCGUCGUAUUGCAAUAUCUGUACGGUGUGGGCAUCACACACUUGCUCAUCAAUGUCAAAAAUCAGGGUGGUGAUAUUCUUUUAGAAACAAUCUCCUCUAAUGUUACGGAAGAUCUGAUCACUCUCGAGUUCCAACGUUCUGAUGGCACAUUGGUCACACAACUUAUUGAUUUCAAAAAUGAAGUUCAAGUCAUAAAAGCUUUGGUGCUUGGUGAGGAGGAACGCGGACAAAAUCAAUAUCAAGUAAUGUGUUUUGUGAAUCACUUUUAUAAAGUAGAUUUCAUAUCAUCUGACGCAAUGUCCAAAUUGCGUCAAAAAAAUCCAGGUACUGUACGUGUAGCGGAAGAGGAUAGGGGUCAUGUCAAUUAUACAAUGGACCUUUUUCUGGAUGUGUCCCAGUCUAAGGAAAUUUCGAAACACGUUACAACACUCUGCGCAGAAGCAUCUGGGUCAACUUAUACUAGAAACGAUGAUAUAAAGCAAUGGAUUCAAAGACCAGGCUCAUCAGAAGAGCUACUCAUGGCAGCUAUAUAUAACUUUACAACUGUAUCGCAAUCUGGUACAAACGAUUCAAGAUCAGUGCUGAUUUCCAAAUGCGCUGAUACAUCCAAUCUCUGGGCACCUUGCACGUGCUCUUUGGAAUUGUGUAUCGGUUGGUAUCCGUGUGGUCUAAAGUUUUGCAAAGGAAAAUCCGAUGGCAAAAAAAUAGCCAGCACCUAUCGAUGCGGUAUAAAAACCUGUAAGAAAUGUUUUAUAUUCUCAUAUUAUUCAAAAAUGAAACAGAACUGUCUGUGGGAUGAAUGACAUAUAAGAACGCUGUAGAUAGCAAUUUUUAAUUGAAUGAAACUAUAUGCGUGCAUUACAAUGGAGUAGGACAAAAUUAGAACGGAGAAUUAUUCUGUUAUAAACGUAUUAAACAUCUUGAGUUAAUUUUAUGAAGAAAAAGAGAUAUAUGAAUAUAGUUAAAAUGCAGAACAAAAUUUGUUGAAUAAAUAAAACUUCUAAUACUCUCUUCAUAUAAAAAAAAACUUGAUAUUAAAUAUUUUAAUU